CACUACAUACACAGCUCCUCCUUUCAGUCCCAAUUCACUUUGUCCCAUAACACACAUACACACACACUGGUUAGAAGUGCUCAGCCAUGCAGGUGAAGAUCCAGCCCUCUCUAAGGAUGGGCACCAUUCUCCUCCUCUUUCUCUUCACCUCAGAGGAAGCCUGUGCAGAGAUCUUCAUAAAAAGCGUGAAACUUUUUAUUCAGCCCAGGAAUGAAGUUCAAAGAAGUACAAAUGUGUCACUGAAAUGCCAGGCAGAAGCUAGCCACACCGCAGGGUCUCACCUCAACUAUAAAUACAUAUUCUACAAAAAUUAUCACAUAAUUACUGACCAGACCAAUGCUACGGACUCCCUCUACUAUAUACCAGAUGCCAGAGUGAGCCACUCUGGGAGAUACAAAUGUGCAGUUGUCAUUGAGGAGAUAAAGAAGGAGAGCAGUGCCAAAGACCUGACAGUGAAAGGUCUUCUGGCACCAGUCCUAACAGUGGAUAAACUGAGGUUGACAGAAGGACAUGAUGUUACUGCUGUCUGUACAGCAGAGGGAGAAACAGGUUUUUUGACGUUUUUCUUUAGAGAUGGACCUGAGGAACUCUACCGGGUGUACACCAAUAGUCACAAAGUUGAGCAGAACCUGAAACUUGAUAAGGGAACUGUGAAUAUGUUUUGCUACUAUUCCAUUAAUCUGGGUAGCACAGCAGAAAGAUCUAGCAACAGUAAUGUGAUUAGUGUUGACAUUGAAGAGCUGGAGAUCAAACCCGAUAUUACAGUCAUGCCAUCAACAGAUGUCACUGAAGGAGAUAACAUAACCUUCAGUUGCAGUGUGAAUAUGACUCACCAGAGAAACUCAGAACUCAGAAUCAUUUUCAGCCAUGGACACAAUACGCUUAGUUUGAACAUGACACAUGAAGAUUAUGCUAUGUUGGCUAAGGCUAAUGACUCUGGAGAAUAUGAGUGCAUUUCAAGCCUCGGUGGUGUUCAUAAAUCCUCCUCUUUGAACAUCACUGUAAAAGAGAUUUUCUCUAUACCUUUCCUGAGCAUUCAUCCUGAUGAGGUAUUUGAAGGAGAACACUUUGACAUUAGAUGCCAAAUCAGCAGCCUUGCCUCAAGAAUUCAAAGGGAGGAUAUAAAGUAUUCAAUAUUUAGAGAUGAAACAUUUGUAAUAAAGGAUAACAGAUACAGUGGCACUGCAAGCAAAGCGACUAAUGGGAAAUACGUGUGUAAGGCUGAAGCCAAUAGGAUUAUCAAAGAGAGCUCGAUGCUGCUGUUUGGAGCAAAAGUGCUUGUUUCAAAGCCUGAGAUCACAGUUGAUGGUCCUGUUAUCGUGGAAAAGCCAUUUUGGAUCCGUUGCCACUCUGAGAAUGGAAGUCUGCCAAUUACCUACUCUCUGAAGAGAAACAACUUAAUUCUGAACUCGACCAAGGUGUCUCGCUUUCAAGAGGAGGCUCGUUUCUUAGCCUUGAUAUCAACUCCUUCAGACAUUACUAGUUACAUGUGUGAAGCAAAGAAUAAUGAUGUCUCAAUCAAGAUGAGUGAAAGGCUACAGGUGACUGUAAUAGUUCCAGUAGGGAAGCCCUUACUGACAGUCCUUCCAGUUCCUGAAAACAUUGAAGAGGGCAAUGAUGUUACCCUGAUAUGUGGCAUUGCAAAAGGCUCUCCACCAAUCAGUUUUAGGUUUUAUGGCAGCGAUCACACAGCAAUUCACACCACAACAGUUCAGAGUAAUUCAUCCUCAUUUGUCCUGAGUAGAGUGAAAAGAAAAAACAGUGGAAAUUACUACUGCGAGGCAUUUAACACGGCAGACAUGUCAAGCAGGAGCGACAUUGUCAAGGUCGAAGUGAGCCUGGCAAUGUGGAAAAAGGCUUUGAUUGCCGUGUUCUGCAUGCUGUUAGUGGCGCUGCUGGUCCUUUUCAUCGUGAUGCGCUACAAGGCCAAGCGAGGUAAAAGAGAGAUGGCUGCCAAACUAUCAGUAAAGCCUGCAAGUCCUAAAUCAGAUGACUCUCUAACCCUGAGUCUCACUCAUGACCCCCAUUAUAAUGCCCACACAGAUCUACACUUUGACGACUUGACAGGCAAGGUGACCUACAGUAUGGGACAUGAGAUCUCCACAAUUAAGGGAGACAGUUUUGAAAUCCAAGAGACCCUCUAGACAAUAUCUAAAUGGUCAAUUUGUCAUCAAAUUAUGUCACUUUUUGAUGCUGGCAACUAAAGUAUUACAAUCAACUGCCCCAUCUUCUCCUUACAACAGGAGAAAAAUGUUUAACUCACCUCAUAUCAGUUUGGCUCAUCAUUCAUCUUAACAGAAUCUGUAUCAUCUGUUCACCGUGUGUUUUUUCUCUGAUUUAACUGCUUUGCUUAUAUGUGUAUGUUUUUGCUUCCAUCAUCAUGUUUGUUAAUAGAUGUUGUUUGUUUCAUUUUACACUAAAAGUGUCUGUGUUAAGGCAUUAUUUACUUUAUACGAUUGUGUGUAUGUUUAGUUGGUACAUAAAUUCAGAUUUGGUAGGCACUUUAAAUCUAAUAAAAUGCUUUAUUUGGAAUUUCCUCAUUUUGAAUUUCUUCCCUCUUAUUGAAAGAUUGUCAAUGUC